AUGGACUUCUUGCGUGGACUGCGUUUCACGUUAAAGCUGACACCGCAGUCGCAUGAAGUCGCUACGGUUCCAGAGGGGACUCUGUUCCCAGUGGCUGCCGCCAUAGAGGCCAUCUCUCGUCGCACUGAAGCGACCUUGGGAGAUUUCGGCCAGGAUACGGCAGUUUGCACUGCUAAAUCCCUCAAGAACGAGGACACCCUAGUCGAUGUUGUCCGAGAUGUCGAAGGAUUCCAUGGGUCAGCGAGGCACGGCCAAGCCGACGACGAUCGCUAA